CGUAGAAGCUUCCGGCACACAUGCAGACACUCGGCUGCUUCAGUCGGACGUCACGGCCUAGGGCUCCCAGAAGCUGAGUCGACCGCCCGAGCCCAUUCGGGAGCGAACGGACUCCACAGUGCCGCGUGGCGCGCAUUCGGAGGCUUGUCGUCAUCUCUGCGCGCGCCGCCGUCCUCAGCUCUACGUCAUAAACCGGCGCCGCUGUCGCUAAGGAAGAGGUUGAACUGAGCACCGCUGCAAGGCAUCCCGGAGCUGAACAUUCCGCCUGUGCCGAUUCUCCUGGCCUGAAGAAAUGAGCGUCCAGUACAGCAUUCUCUUCAAGCAAGAACAAGCUCAUGAUGAUGCCAUCUGGUCAGUUGCCUGGGGGUUGAAUCAAAAAGAUAACUCUGAAAUGAUUGUCUCAGGAUCCCUGGAUGAUCUAGUCAAAGUGUGGAAAUGGAAAAGUGAGAAGCUAGAGUUGCAGUGGAGUUUGGAGGGCCAUCAGUUGGGUGUGGUUUCUGUGGACAUCAGUCAGUCUGGUGCCAUUGCUGCAUCUAGUUCACUUGAUGCCCACAUUCGUCUGUGGGAUUUGGAGAAUGGCAAACAGAUGAAGUCUAUCGAUGCUGGCCCCGUGGAUGCCUGGUCCUUGGCUUUCUCACCCGAUUCCCAGUUUUUGGCUACAGGAAGCCAUGUAGGGAAAGUAAACAUUUUUGGUGUUGAGACUGGCAAGAAGGAAUACUCUUUGGAUACAAGAGGAAAAUUCAUCCUUAGCAUUGCCUAUAGUCCUGAUGGGAAAUAUCUGGCCAGUGGAGCCAUAGAUGGAAUCAUUAAUAUUUUUGAUAUUGCAACUGGAAAACUUCUCCACACGCUCGAAGGCCAUGCAAUGCCCAUCCGCUCUUUGACCUUCUCCCCAGAUUCCCAGCUACUUGUCACGGCUUCAGAUGAUGGCUACAUUAAGAUUUAUGAUGUGCAGCAUGCAAAUUUGGCGGGUACACUGAGCGGCCACGCAUCCUGGGUGUUGAAUGUUGCAUUUUGUCCGGAUGACAUUCACUUUGUAUCCAGUUCAUCAGAUAAAAGUGUCAAAGUUUGGGAUGCCGGAACAAGAACUUGUGUCCAUACGUUUUUUGACCACCAAGAUCAGGUCUGGGGAGUGAAAUACAAUGCAACUGGAUCCAAAAUUGUGUCCGUUGGGGAUGAUCAAGAAAUUCAUAUCUAUGACUGUCCAACUUAAUCACACUCCAAACCGGUUCCCUUCUCUGUAGUAAUUAGAGAAUUACUCUUAGACUAGCAUAGAAUGGGUGAGAACUCAAGUGUCGACCUCAUCCUGCCUCACGUCUAGCAUGGUUUAAUCAAGGAUGAGUGAUGCGAGUCAGAAGACACGGAUUCAGGCCCAAGCUGGGACUCGAUGAACCUCGGAGCCUUCUGAUAAUUUUUCUUAAUAAAAUGGGGAUAAAUAUUAUCCACAUGUCUGUAUAACAAGGUGAUUGUAUGGAAGUUGCUUUGUCAAUUAUCAGGUGCCUUUUAAUGUGGUUGCAUCAUCUUUAUAAAGUGGGUUUUUUAAGGGUGCUCAAGUUUUCCUGUUAACACAGACUUAGUUUCAAUGUACGUCAUCACGAUAUUAGCUGAUGCAGGUUUUUAGCAGCUAGUAUCGCUCUGAGAAGCCAUAGCCUGAUGCAUUACUGCCUUUAACUGGGCCGGCAUCUCCACCCCAGCCUAAGUGUUUUUCCUUCCAGUUUAUCAGUUUCACAGCUAGGAAUCUGUGCCAUCUCUGGUGGCUCUGCCAUCUUUUGCAGCAAUUCCAUGACUUAAAGUGGAGUGAUAUUCCAUUUCCCUGUUCCCUGGGUGGGCAAGCCUCAAACUUUAAAAUUGGCAAUGCUUUCAAAAGGAAUAAAAGUCACUUAAUCUUUCAAAUAACCAGCUCAAUUUUAUUUUCAGAAUGACUUGAAAAUACAGGUGAAAAAAUUAUUUAAAGUAAACUCCCCCCCCCCACUUACCCUCAUGGUCCCCCAUCUAGACAGUCUAUUUAAUCAACAGAAAAAUGUAGAAAAAUAAAUUAAAUUGAUAGAACUAACAGUGCUAAGUACUAAUCAUUUUGUUAGGACAACACAAAAUGGCAAGGGUGGGGUAGCAGAAGCCUUGAUUCAGUUUAAAUGUGAAACUCCAUUUGUGCACAAGAGAAAGAAGUUCAUUGCGUUGCUCUGUUCUAUGCACAUCAUAUCGACUAGGCAUUUUCUUCCCCCAAGUACAAAAUCCCACAAGUACUAUGAGCACUUUUGGUCCUAACCUGUAUGGUACCAGCGUCCCUGGGAAAGGAGC